AUGAUUUUUGACGGUGUCAAGUUCUUGAUUUUACCAAAUGCCAGCACUGCUGCCCUUCAAUUCAUAACAAAGUUAAUUGAAGAUAAUGGCGGACAUGUCAUCGAAAGGAUGAGUGAAGUACAUGGUAAAAUACUAGUCUUGGUUAACGAUUCGUACGUCACAGAAGACUACAAGCUGAGAGAUGAAAAGUACUUCAGAAAAGAGUUUCAGCUGGACUACGAUGCUGUGUGGCAGUUCAUCUUCGACCACGAUUUACCCUGCUUAAACGUCAGUUCAGUAAGCGACUGGAUAGCUAAGGGAGAGCUUAAUGUGGCACACAUAGCGCUCAUCGACACAUCUGCAUUGGAGAAUGAUGAGACACAAGAAAAUUUUCCGUCAAGUAGUGCUAACUCUGAGCAACCUUCUCCAGCAUGUACGGCUGAAAUGAAGGAUACAAAAACAAGUCACAGUGAAAGUGAGACAGAUAUAGAGGGUUUUGUAGAGAUGAGCCCAUCCAGUAAUUCACCCAUGCCCGCACCUUCUGUGAUUCCGGACCCCCCGGUGAUUAAAGCAAACGAAAAGUACGUUAGAUUGACAGAAAUCCCGCGAAUGAACUCACAAUUGAUAGAUGCUAUGCAACGCCUAUACAAGAAGUAUGACAUUAAAGGGGAUCAUUUCCGGAGCCGAGGGUACAAACUGGCAAAGGCAUCGAUUGAAAAAUGCCCUUUCCAAAUUAAGUCUGGGGAACAAGCACAACUUGAGCUAGCUAACAUUGGGCCAAGCAUCGCCAAAAAAAUACAAACUAUCUUGGCGUCUGGCACUCUGCCCGGCCUGGACGACUCCAGUGAACUUGAUCAGAGGUUAGAAUAUUUUACAAACUGCCAUGGGAUUGGCACUCACACGGCCAAACGAUGGCUAGCAUUACAAUACACGAGCUUUACAGAUGUACUGCGCGGUUCGCCGCAAGAGUUUGUCAGCGGUUGGCCAUCGUUACUUGGUUGGUCCUACUUUGAGGACUGGUCGCGCAAGAUAUCUAGAACAGAGUGUGAAAAGCACCUCUCAGUAGUGAAACAGUGUCUUUCUGAAAUUGAUCCAGAUUGCCAGGUAGAAUUGCAAGGAAGUUACAACCGUGGUUCUCAGACGUGUGGUGAUAUCGACCUACUGUUUUUUAAGGAGAACUGUGACAAUUUGGUAGUGAUAGCAGAAAUAUUCGAGAGGCUUGUGUCCUUGUUGCACAGUAGGGGCUACAUUCAGUGCAUCUUACAAUUAACCCCAGAUUUAUUUGAUGAGUUUAAAUCUAAGUUGAAGGGUAUUUUUGAUAAGUGCGAGCUUCCAUUCCCUGCAAAGAAUCAUUUUGGCAAUGAUCGACACAUACAUAAAUAUUAUCUUGGAGUGAAAUUAACCAAGCAUCAGUAUAGGAGCGAAGAACUACUUCGAGCGGGGCAAUACUUGCAUUUGAAACCUUGUGAUAAUUUCAUGUCCUCAAGUUCCAAAAAGUCGGAGAAUCCGUGCAGGAGACUUGAUUUUUUCUGUUGUAAAUGGUCUGAACUAGGUGCAGCCAGGAUUCAAUGGACUGGAUCUGGUGAGUUCAACAGAUGGAUUAGAUUGCGUGCCGCCAAAAUGGGUUACAAACUGACACAGCACGGACUUUUCAAGGGCGGUCAAAAACUAGAGAGCUUUGAUGAGGGUGUCAUAUUUGACACGUUGGACGUGCCUCGAAUUCCGCCUGAGGAAAGAGAGCAGGGACUCUGGAUGACUAAACUCAACGAGAAGAACACAGUAGCAUAG